CACGAUCUCAACACCGGGCCACACCUCUGCCGCUCCCGGCCAGGUGACAUUUCACCGCUGUCACUUCAGACUAUGCUGCCACACAGGUGAUCACUCAAUAGAAGCUCAACACGGGUAGUUUUAGAGCUCCAGACAAAAAGUUAACUCUUAAACCAAAACAUGGCUGAAUCCCAGCUAAUGGUUCUGGACGAUGGUCGCAUCGGAGCCAGGAUCCCGGAGUCCAAACCGGAGUUUUACUACAGUGAGGAGCAGCGCAUUGCCAUCGAAGAACUGCUAAAGAACGGCGACGGCGCCUUCAAAACGCGGCUAAAAGAUGAGAAGAUGACGGACUUUCUGUCCGCCAGAGAAGUCAAGAUGUUGGUGAGCUCAUUCACACAGUAUGACACGGAGGGUGAAAGCAGCAACAACCCCACCACGGAGACCCACGCGGAUUCUGGAGUCCACUCCACCUACUGGCCGGAGAUGUCGGACACGGAGGUGCCGUCGCUGGAAAUCGGCUGGCCCAGCGGGGGGUUGUUCAAAGGGGUCACCCGGGUGGCGGUUCACACCCACCCACCCAAAGACAAUGGACCUCACCUUAAGGAAGUGGCGAGGCGGCUCAUCCAAGAGGCUUCAAAGGUGAUUGCAAUAGUGAUGGACCUGCUCACAGAUGUUCAAAUCCUGCAGGAUCUAAUGGAUGCAGCUUGUCAGCGUUCAGUGCCUGUUUACAUCUUGUUGGAUCGACAAGGCGUGCCACACUUUCUGGACAUGUGCUCCAGACUUCAGAUCGGCGUACGGCAUCUUCUAAAAAUCCGGACCAGAAUACUUCAGGGAAUUGGCUUCUGUUUGUCUUUUGGCAAAUUCCCUGGGUCUCUUUGUAAUAAGUACAUGCUGGUGGACGGGGACAAAGUAAUGUUUGGCUCUUACAGUUUCUCCUGGUGUACAUCUCGGAUGGAUCGAAACAUGAUCACUGUGAUGACGGGACAAGUGGUCGACUCUUUUGACAGAGACUUCCGAGAGCUGUAUGCUGUAUCUGAGAAGUUGGACCUCUACAAAGAAUUUCAUAUCAGUCAACCAGACAACACUAGAACUGCUACUGUGCGCUCCAAAUUGGAACCCAAACGCCCACCGCUACCAGCAACCACAUCCCGGUUCCAGGUCAGCUUAGGGGAUUCCCAGAACACCAACAUCCAAGUCCCCGCACACAAAUACUAUAAUCCAAAAUACUCGCUCCUUUUAGAGAGCCCUCUACGCCCAACAAUGUCUCUUCAAGAACUUGGACCUAAAAUAAAUUCUCUUCAUCCUGUGAUUUCUGAAGACAUGGACGAGGGAAGGCCGAGAGUGACCAGCAGUGUUCGGGUGAACACGACAAGUCCAGUAUCAGAGGCUGAACUGAGUGAAAGCCUACCCAAAGCUAAGCAAAAUGCACCAGAAAAAAGCUGGAAAGCGACAUGGAAGAGAAAAACUCGUAAGAAUUCAGUGAAAACUCCUCCGUCUACUGGAAUUAGUGCAACUGAUGAGACCGAAGACAGUUUGGAGAUUAAUGUACCUCGAUCUAAAGCAAGUAGAAAACUGUCCAAGCUGGAGAAAAAAGCGUCUCUGCAAACCGUCAACACAGCACAAGACAAUGAAAGCACCACUGGUAAAAGUCGUCUUCAAGGAAAACCAUCUUGUAAAGUGUCUUGAGCUUAACUUAUUUGCUUUAAAAUGCCUUUAGAAAUUCUUUCUUGACGACCACCUCACAUAUGUUUGUCAGUUUAAAACUCUUCAUGUGUUUUCUUUAUAAUGUCAAGUUUAAAUUGGAAUCUGAUUUAAUUAGGUUUGAUGCUCCUGAUAAAGUUAAUUUUAUGGGUUUAUUGAGGCCCUAAACCUGAUAUUUUCCUAGGAACGGUUGUCUGUUUACCUGCCAUGUAAUGCUGUUCUGAAAGAAACAAUAAUCACGUUUUUUUAAGCAAAAUAUGGAACAUUUGAUUGUCCAAAAAUAUUAACCAAAGUCAAUAGAUGCUUUUAACCCUUGUGCUAUCCUAGAGAUGUUGUGAGUGGGGUCAUCUGGACCCCACAAGACAGCGCCCAGAACUUUUUUCCCAAUGAUUUUAGAUUUUCACAGGUGUCCGUGGCAGACAAGAAAUCCUGUCCCCUUUAGUCCACUUUUGUCAUGUUAGGGAUUACGCAUAAGGGUGGGGUCAUCUGAACCCCUUAAGAUUGCACAAGGAUUAAUACUGUUGAGCAUUCACUCAGGAAGUGAGGUUUCUUCAAACAACAACCGGAAGGGGUUUGAAUGAACCGGUGAAGUUGGAUCCAUUUUUGAACACUUGAAAAAUUGCUUUAACUCCAUGCCAAUGGAGGACUGCAUGACUGUGAAAAAAGAUGAGUCUUAGAUAAAGAUUCUGCAAGAUUAGCCAGACAAUAAAUCUUUGUUUCUUAAACUUGAGAAUACAACACAAGACUGUUAAUUGGCAAAUCUAAAAUAAGUUUUUUUUGUCUGUUUUGAGUUCAUACUAUUUAUGUCAUAUAGAAAUAAAUGUUUACAAUUUAUGGCAAUAGUUUAUAUUUUGAUUUUUAUCAAAGGGGCAUUAACUUAACAGGAGUUCAAGUACAUUCCAACAAAAUGUAUGAUCAGUUUAGUAAGUUUAGGUUUAAACACCUUAGGGUAUUUUUUUUUUUAUCUAUGAGGAGACAGUGUUAAAGUUACUGUUUUUAAUAUUACAUUUUAGGUACAGUGUUUAAAAUGUAAAAAAAAUUGAAUUCUGUCUUCUUGUGACAAAAAAAGAAAAAGUUGUAUGUUUGUAAAUACUUUGUGAUAAUAAAAUAUUGAAUUCCAAAUUGUACAUUUUGUGAUUAUUCCUUUUUUUAAUUGUUGAUUAAAUCAUGCUAGUCAUUAUACGGCAAACUUGUAAUUGAUCGCAUGUUUUUCCACUUUUAUUCUAGUUUUUUUUUUUUUUUUUUAAAUCAUCGAUAAAAUAGACUUUGAUGUGUUAUUAUUGACAAAACAGAAUGGAGCACGUGUCAAAAUCAAGGCCCAGGGGCCAUAUCUGGCCCCCGGGGUAAUCAUGUCCGGCCCUCCAGAUAAUUUUGUUAAUAUUGUUAAUAAUUGUGACAGGAUAUAUUUUAUGGAGAACAAAAUCUUUUGGGAUGUU